AUGUCAUUUCAGACGCCGGUGUCGAUAGUAUCAACUCAAAUUGUAGGGCUGGGAACACUGGAUGGAUUCCAUUACGCCAAUGGUGUGGAGCAAUACUGCGGGAUUCCCUACGCCUCGUUAUCAAAACGAUGGACGCGCUCUGUACUGAAGACUUCGUGGGAAAAUGGCUACCACAAUGGAACACAACUUGGAAAUAACAUGCCACGCCCGCAAACUCCAGGUUACAACACAAACAUAUUCAUACCGGUCCCUCCAAAUCCGAAUUUUCCCCGUCAUCCAGAAGUCGACGAGAAGACUGCUCUGGUCAUGAAUGUAGUCGUUCCCCAGCACCCACGCUUAGAAGGAGAGAAAUUCCCCGUACUCGCGUGGAUUCAUGGCGGGUCUCUGCUCUUCGGUAGUGCGAACUACGGAAUCUACGAUGCCGUCAAUCUGGUCUCCCACAGUGUCGAAAUUGGUUGGCCCGUUGUAGUAGCGAGUUUUAAUUACCGACUGGGAUUAGGCGGUUUCCUCGCUAGUGCAAAGAUCGGCGAGGAAUUGAAGGCAGAUGGGUUCGAGGGUAACGGGAAUUUUGGAUUCACGGAUCAAAAAGUUGCAAUGGACUGGAUUCAAACAUAUAUCAGUGAGUUUGGAGGCGACCCAAACAGCGUCACUGUCUUUGGCCAGUCAGCAGGUGGUGUCUCGAUUGGCCAUCAGAUGGCAGCGAACAAUCCAAUGAAAUUUGACCGAGCGAUUUGCAUGUCUGGCUUGGGGAGUACGCUUUCACCACUGGAUUUAGAUGAGCAUGAGGCAUUGUUUGACGCAACGUGUCGCUAUUUCUCUAUUGACCCCCAUGCCCCGGAUGCCCUCGAUCAGCUUAGAAAAGUACCAGAACAGGAAAUGGCGAACGCGGACCACAUUAUCCAAGGAGUUCCAUCGGGGACUGGUAAUACCUGCAAUGAUGGAUGGUUCUAUGCAUUCGACCCGCAACUUCAAUUAAAGACUGAGGCACCAAGUUGGUUGAAAUCUUUUAUGAUAGGCGAUGUGCACGACGAAGGCGUGAUUUUCACCAUGAAUGUCAUGAAUGAGACAUACGAAACCGUACGACAGACACUACUGGAAAGCAUACAAAACGGGGUCUACGUCGACAGAAUCCUUUUCGAAUAUGGUAUCACCCGGAAUACGUCAAGUCCAACCCUUGUGGAUAAAGUGUGCACUAUGGGCGGAGAGGCUGUCUUCAAGAUCCAGAACUAUCUUACUGCGAAUGUUAACAAGCGGUUGAGACAGGAGAAAGCCAUAUUCAAAUAUCAUUUCAACCAGCGAUCCCGUCUCAACAAUGCCUUGAAUGGGCUGGCGUACCAUGGCUUUGAUGUGCUGUACCUAUUUGGCAAUCUCAACAACCAACUCAAUGCCAGGGAACGCGCUAUGCGACGUGAGAUGGCAUCGGCUUGGGUCAAGUUUGCAUGGGGUCAAGAGCCAUGGCGGACUGAGUUUUGGAAGGUCUGGGGUCCUGAUUCAUUGGGUAGACUGGAGACAGAGGAAGAAGAUGAGCAUGUACGCUCCUAUUCAAGGUUCAAGCACUUGCUGUUAUGGGGCUCUGAUGGACUGUGGGAGAAGUAUCUGGUUGGACUGGACCGUUUAUUGAUGAAGCGGGGAAAGCCGAGGACAUCUAGGCAUACUCCUACUGCUGGAUUAUAG